CACCUGAUUACCUAUUACUUGCAUAAUAAAUCCAAUAGUCACGGUUCAAUUCAGUAUUUGAAAAGUUCUAAUCGGGUGUGAGGUUUUUCGGUGAUUACUCUUAAAAUGUUAACCGGUUGGAGAUUGCAUCUCUCGAAAUGUUUUAUAAUUCCGCAUCGGUACAUCGUGGCGAUUAUGGGAUUUUUGGCGAUUUUAAACGCGUACACCAUGAGAACGACGUUGUCCAUAGCAAUUACAGAGAUGGUAAUACCCAGGAACAGUACAUCAUCGGGGGAUCAUGGUUGUCCACUAGAGGGCGAUGGCCAGGGUGAUGGGCCAAUUAUAAAGAAUCCGGAAGAUUUGUACGACUGGGAUGAGACAACGCAAGGACUGAUACUGAGCUCUUUCUUCUGGGGGUAUAUUAUUACGCACAUGCCGGGGGGUAUUUUGGCGGAGAAGUUUGGCGGCAAAUACUCUUUGGGUAUCGGUAUUUUGUCUACGGCAGUCUUCACAUUGAUAACCCCCGCCGUGAUAAGGCUGGUUGAUGGUGAUUGGCGGUGGUUGUGUGCCUUGCGAGUGUGUGUCGGUUUGGGCGAGGGCACCACAUUUCCGGCCAUAAACGCUUUGCUAGCAAAAUGGGUACCUCUCAGUGAGCGAUCGCGUUUGGGUAGCUUGACGUUCGCAGGCGGUUUACUCGGAAUAUUCUUAGGAACGUCGCUGAGUGGCAUUCUGAUCAAACAUACUCAAGAUUGGGGUUCCGUCUUUUAUUUUUUCGGUGGAUUGGGAGUAGUUUGGUUUGUGAUAUGGACGCUGAUGUGCUACUCAGAUCCCGAAUCGCAUCCCUUCAUCAGUGAUAAGGAAAAAAACUUCCUUCGCAAAGAACUAGCGAGUGUUUCGAAUGAAAACAAUCCGAUCCCUUGGAAGGCGAUUUUGACAUCAGCCCCGCUUUGGGCGCUAAUCGCCGUACAAAUCGGGCAAGAUUGGGGUUUCUACGCUAUGGUCACCGAUUUACCCAAAUACAUGAAGGACAUUCUCAAAUUUAAAAUUGACGAAAAUGGGCUUUGGUCAUCGCUUCCGUAUGUGCUCAUGUGGAUCGUUUCUCUUGGGUCGGGUUGGCUAUGCGAUUGGAUAAUUAAAAAGGAAUAUAUGGGCAUCACGUUCGCUCGUAAAUUCUUCACAACAGUCGCAUCCAUGGGACCAGCCGUUUUUAUAGUGGGCGCCAGUUACAGUGGCUGCGAUCGAUAUUUAGCCGUUGCGCUUUUCACCAUUGCCAUGGGACUAAUGGGCACUGUAUACUGCGGAAUGAAAGUUAACGCUUUGGAUUUAUCUCCCAACUUCGCGGGCACUCUUAUGGCAAUUGUAAACGGAAUCGGCGCCGUCAGUGGCAUCAUCACCCCAUAUCUAAUCGGCGCACUCACCGCCAACCACACUUUGGAACAGUGGCAACUAGUGUUUUGGAUUACUCUAGGAGUAUUUACCGUAACCAACAUCAUCUUUGUACUUUUCGCAAGCGGCGAAACUCAAUGGUGGAAUAACGUCGAUAAACCCGAAACGGGGAUGUACGACCAUGAUGCACACCGUUUAGGGGUGCCUUCCAAACAAACUUCAAAAUUCUGAUUUAUCUACUCUCAUUUAAUGACAGUAAAUGUAAGUCUGAAAACGGUCGAUUAUCGCGGAUAAUAUACAAUAUAUCGAGAAAGUUUUCUACAGUAGUUUUGGGGUUCUUCAAUUUCUACUAGGCAUUAAUAGUUUUUAUUAAAAAUUGCAUAUUUUUAAAUGGACCACCCUGUGCUGCACUUCUCUCAAUUUUAAGCAAAAUUUGCAAGAAGCAUAAUGUACCUAGUGCAAUCGUUUUCCGGUUAUCUAGUUUUAAAAGUAAACGCGAUUAUUUUGAAAAAAACCUGUCAUUUUGUACGAAAACUGUUACCACUAAAUGAAUGUGUCACGUUUCUAAGGUACCUUGAUGAAUUACCUACAGAAUCUCGUUUUGAGCAUUAUUUAAUACUUAAUUAUUUCAUAAUUAAGAUACAUCAUGCUCCUUUUGGUGUUUCCGCCUUUAUGAUCAACCAUGUAUAAUUAAAAUUAAUUCUGCCUAGUAGACAUUCAAAAACCCCAACACUUUUUUCGAUAUCUUGUAUAUUUUCCCCGAUAAUCGACCGUUUCCAGACUUAUCAACGACUCUGUAUAUAAAAUUCUUUUGUACGUGUGUCUGUGACUGAAUUCCUGAUAAACGGCUGGACGAAGAAAUUUUU